UUGAACAAAAACAAAAUUGAGAAAAAAUGGCUCAAGCUACAGCACAGAAAAUUAACGGACGCUUUCAGACCUUUAUGAAAGGCCUCAACGAUCGCUACGAGCCACAUGUGCGCCAGCACCUGGCGAAGGUGUACAUGGUCUUGGGAAGCACCGUAGCCGCGUCCACUGUGGGAGCCCUCUGCCAGAUGCACGAAGUUCUAGAUCUCGGUAUACUGGCUGCCCUGGCCACGCUGGUUCUGGCAUUCGGUCUGCACAUCUACAUGGAUGAUGGCAAGAACUAUCGCACACGCUUGAGCAUGCUCUAUGCCCUUGGAUUUUGCUCGGGCCAGACAUUGGGACCGCUGUUGAGCUACAUAAACAGCAUCAAUCCGUCGAUUAUCGUCACAGCCCUCACUGGCACUUUGGUCAUUUUUCUAUCACUCUCGCUGGCCGCACUCCUGGCCGAGCAGGGCAAGUAUUUGUAUCUGGGCGGAAUGUUAUUAAGCGUUGUCAGCACCAUGGUCCUUCUGAGCCUCUUCAACAUGAUAUUCCAGUCGUACAUGGUUCAAGUGACUCAACUCUAUGUGGGAGUAUUCGUGAUGGCCGGUUUUGUAGUCUACGACACCCAAAACAUAGUAGAGAAGUGCCGCAAUGGGAACCGCGAUGUCGUACAACAUGCCCUGGAUCUGUUCUUGGACCUAUUUUACAUGUUCCGCCGUUUGCUCGUGAUCCUGACCCAGAAGGAGGAGCGAAAGCAAAAGGAACGCCGCGGGAGGAACUAAGGUCCGGCGGUAGCAGCACAGCACAACCAAAUAGAUACAUCUACCAUAUAAACACUACCAAACUGAUUAGGUUCGAAAAUUGGCCGUUUUUUCAAUUAACUUUCGGCUCAAAAGGCAACCUAAAAUAAACCACAAGUUAAAGCCAGUUCACUCCCAAUGACCAUAAUACACGAAGAUCGGACAUAUAUGUUUAUAUAACUGCCUGAGAUAUUGCAAUAACUUGGUGAUACUUUGAUAACUUUGGCUGUUCCA